CAAUUAAUUUCAUUUUCCUCUCUCUCUCUCUCUCUCUCUCUCUCCUCUUUGUUUUUCCUAUAUUGAGUGUUGCUGUUUAUGAUACGAAGAUCUUUUUGGUGGCGGAGGGAACCUGAUGCCUUUUGAUGGGAGAGUAAGUGGGCGAAGGGAGCAGAAGGAGUGGCCUUAAUUAGUGAUAUCCUUGGUUACUGCUGGUGUGAUUAAUCGGGCUAAGCUUAAAUCUUUGGUUAUGCUGGAUUUUAAACAUCGGAAGAUCAGUAGGCAAAGCUGCAGGAAGAGAGUGAAGGGUUUCUUCAGAUGUUAUCCAGUGAAAACCCUUCAUGUUCCUCUAAGGAUUCAGAUCUAGCAAGUGGGCAUGGAGAUCAUCAGGCCAAGCCUCCUAACUUUUCUAUAAGAGAUUAUGUUUUCAAAUCUAGAAGCAAAGAUAUAAGUACCAACUGGCCAUUCCAUGAACAGCUCUUAGAACUUUGCUUGAAUAACGGCAUCAAUGAUCUAUUACCUCCUCUUCAGCCUCCUAAUUUAGUGAGAGAUCAUUGUCUCAGAAAAGAAGUGCGACCUGAGCAACUGCCCAAGUGUGUCGAAAACAAAACAGCUUUUGAAAAUGAAGAGUCAGAAGAGGAUGUUGAGCUUGAACAUCUAAUUCGAUUACCCAAGGAAAGAAUAGAAUUUAAACUGAAUCAAAGUGGUCAAUCUGAUAUCAAUGCAUCUUCAGUGACCAGCCAUGAUCUGAGUGAAAAAAUCGCCGGCGAACAUUUGAAAAAGAAGUGUAAAAUGAGCAGCGGCAAGGAGAUCAGCAGGCUCGAGGAUUCAGUUGUAGUUUCUGAUCCAAUGGCUUCAAAGGUUUGCCCUGUUUGCAAGUUGUUUACAUCCAGUUCAAAUACCACUUUGAAUGCACAUAUCGAUCAAUGCCUUUCUUCUGAUCAGUAUAAUGCAACGAGAGAAGUGACCGAGUUCACAAAACCUAAAGUUAAGCCAAGGAAGAAAAGGCUCAUGGUGGAUAUUUAUACAACUGCUCCUCACUGUACUCUUGAAGAUCUUGACAGAAGGAAUGGGACUAAUUGGGCUACUACUUUGGCUCCAGUGGCACCUGCAAAUGGUAUUGGUUUAGAAACUGAAAGAUCAACUUUUGCAACUUCGCCGCCAGAAAAUGAUACUAAUUCAGAAUCGAAAAGGGUGAAAUUUGCUUCUUUGGAUGUUGUUAGCGAGGGGAAAUUAGGGGACAUCUAUGUGGAUUCAAAUGGUACAAAGCUUUUGAUUUUGUCCCAACCUAACGAGUCUUCUCCGUUGGUUCCGAGGAAUAAUUUUAAGCCAAAGAAGUACGGGAAAGGGUUGAAAGCAAGCCAGAGUUGUUCAAAUAUUGCCAAGAAAAAGUUCUUGAAACCAAAGUCCUCAGAGUUUAUGAUUGAUAAUCCACAGAGAAGGAAAUUAAGAAUGCGCAAAGGGUUCCAAGGCGAGAAUAAGGCAACAACCGAUGAGUAUUACAUUGAAGUUAAUCAGGAGAAAGAAGAAUCCAUGUCACAACUGUUAAAUGCUCAUGAUCAGGUGAAGAAUAGCGAGGCUUCAACAUUAGGACAUUGGGUAUGCUCCAAAAGAUCUGAUCUGUCAAAAAAACUUGAUAACAAAGGCAUUACAAAAGGAUCAGAAAAGAUGACCGUUGGCUCCAGGAAGCUCUCAUUCGAGUGUCCUAAACCUAACUCGGGUCGCUCUUAUUUGGCUUCCAAUCAGACCAAGAUACUAAGUCCUCGUGAGAGUCUUCAAGAAAAGAGCGAUCUUCCAAGACAAUCUAUCUCGCUCAAAGGAAUGGAAGUUGAUAGGUUCAUCACGGCCAAAAAGUUCAAGAAGCAAAGAUCUGUAUUAGGGUGUAGUAAAUGGAGAGGAGAAAAGACCUCUGUCAAUGGAGGAAUUAGUGGUUCGAAGAAUUCUUCUGAAGGUUCGGGUCUCAUUUCUUCAAGAGAAAAUGAAACAAGUAAGACCCAUCAAUCCAAUUACCACGAGAAUCAAGAGAUUGAAAACAUGAAUAUCAGAUAUUCAAUGAGUAAUGCAGUCGUCACACCAGCUUUGGAUCCAAGUUCAGAAGAAGAUGUGGAAUCCAUCUCUAGAGGUCAAACUGAGGAAGAAGAUGAGGAAUCCACAUCAAGAGGUCAAACUGAGGAAGAAGAUGAGGAAUCCAUAUCUAGGGAUCAAAACGAGGAAGAAGAAGAGGAAUCCAUUUCUAGAGAUCAAAACGAGGAAGAAGAUGAAGAAUCCAUCUCUAGAGAUCGAGCACAGGCGGAAGCUGAAACAUCAACCUAUAACCAAGAAGUGAACUGUGGGGGUGCAACCAACAAUGAGGUCAUCAACCAAGAAAUCCAGAUAGCAUGUUAUCAAGAUGAGCAAAUAUUGCAGCAUGGUGAACUUGAUCAAACUGAAGCUUCUUCCUUUGAAGAUCCUAAACCUUGUUUCCCUAAUGAUGGAGAAAUAGCUGUUGAGAAUAUUCAAGAUGACUCAUCAAAAUAUAUCAGAGUUGAAUCUUUUCAAGAUCAUAACAUGAUCAUUGAUAUGGAAUCAUCUGGCUCGGCAGUUUCCACUACCUCAACCAUCUCUCCUCGAUCUACUGUGGAUGAUAGAAUUAACUCACAUGCAGACCAACUGGCUGAUUUUACUCCAGUGCAAGAUAAUUUAAGCUUGCCAACAAUGAGAAAAGAUAACAAAGCGCUACUGUCGCCACAAGUAAGGGAACCUUCUUGCUCAUGCGGUGAUAGCCUUACCCGAGAGUCUCAGUUCUCAAAGAAGGCAGCUUCCAAUUUGUUCAUAAAACCGCCACCCUUUUCGACUUUUGAAGUUCGCUCUAGUCUGGAUUUGCACACUGAAUCAGUCUUAACAACAGAUUCUCCAAAGUCUGCUAUGAACAUUUCAACUCCACAUUCUGGGGUUCAAUCUGCAUCGAGUCCAAUUCUGAGGUUGAUGGGCAAAGAUCUCGUGGUGAGCAAAGAAGAAUCUGUUUCAGUUCCUAGAAUUCUUCCUUGUACUUCAAGCUGCAAUCCAGAAACAAACUUUAUCUCCUUCGGGUAUCCUUACAAUGGUGGCUUCAUCGACUACAAUAACCAACACCAUUAUCCUAUGCAAUCUACGGGUAACUACCAAAUCAUGCCAAGACCUCUACAGAGAUCAUAUGCACUCAAUUCAUAUCCAAUGCCAACCAUUCCUUCUAAUCAACUUCAAGAAGUAAUUGUUAUCGACGAUGAUUCACACGGACGUGAGCACGAUACAAGGGCGAGUUUCACUAAUUUGCCUCAGACUAUUCAAAAUCCAAAUCAUAUGGCUACUCAGAGGCUAUUUGCUUGUUUUCCUUCACAAAAUCCUUAUGCAUCAAGGGCAGUCAUUUCUCAUAGCCAAAGGGAAGCUUCACAAGGACAAGGUUCUUUCAUAUUCCCCUCCCCUUCAUGUUUGUACUUUUCUCCAUCUUUGAGGUGAACUUUACUAUACUUUUUGUAGGCUUUGAAACUGAUAUAAGUUAUAUUGUACUAAUGGGUACUGAAGCUUUUUUGCAUAUAUGAACCCUUUGUUUCAGAAAACAAAGAAAA